UCUGGUGAAAUUUUAAAAAAAUAUUUCAAGUAAAACAUCUCAACUUUGCUUUACUCAGUGGCGCGAAUUCUUUUAUUUAUCGCGAAUUUGGCUUGUAAAUAACUCCUGAAGUGGCAAUUUUUUGACCGCAGUACCGUUGAAGUUUGUGCGUUGAAUGUUGAACAUAAAGCAUUUGUAAAUUAAAACAGCUUUCAUAAAAUUAUCUGAACUUACUGUAAUCUGUCAUAAUGAGUUCUAUCAGAGGCAGAAGUUCGCGCAGAAAUGAUAAAACAGAAAAAGAAAGAAGCGAUCCAUCUCCUGGCCGUUAUGAUUUACGGUCAGUUCUUAGAACUCGAAGAAAAAACGCUAGUACUUCGAACGAUCAUGACGGAAAGCCUGCUUUUAAUGGUAAUCGUAGUUGGGCAGAACUCGUAGAAAUGAAUGAAAAUCCUGAAGUUUACGAUGACAAUUCUGUUAGUUCCCCUUUGAAAAAAUUGUCCAUGGAUAGCCCUGCAAAGCGUUAUUUUUCUGAACCGUUAGACAAAAAAGUAGAAUCUGUAAACAAGAGAUCAAACAGAAAACGAGACAGAAAUGUUGAUGGUGGUGAAGCAAACGAUUUUAUUCCAGUGAGCCCAAGUUCUGAGGGAGUGAAACGAAGACUUGGCUGGAGCCGCACAAAGUUUUCCGCUGAUAAUCUCAGUACUACUUCUUCUAGUACUAUGUACAGUUCAGAUAAUGAACUUGAUAGUGAGAAAGGCUCAUCCAAACAGAUUGAAACUGAUCCCGAAGUUUUAAAGCGACGUCAAAAGCAAAUUGAUUAUGGAAAAAAUACUAGAGGAUAUCGUCGAUAUAUCGAAGCAAUUCCCAAACCUACACGCGAGCCGCAUCACAUUUAUACUCCUAAAAAACACAUCAAAUAUAGCCGUCGCUCUUGGGAUAGUCAAAUAAAGUUAUGGAGAAAGCGUCUUCAUGAGUGGGAUCCCAAAUCAUCUGAUGAGGAAGAUGCUGGGGAUAUAGAUUUAUCAGACAUGGCUGGACUUGUAUAGGUGUUCCCCCCCUUUUUUUUUAUUAACUGCAUUAUAGAAACUUUGAAGUUUUAUAUCUGAUUUUCAAGUUUUUGUUCCUGCAUUGACUCUUUUAUUAUAUAUUAAUUUGCACAUAUGAAUGCCAGACUGAUUUCUAGACUAUGUUUUGAAAUUUGUUAAUUGUUGUAACUCUUGAAAAAUUUUUCUUCUACAUUGAAUUUUUUCUUAAUUAUUUAAUACCUUACAAUAAGCUAUCAAUACCUAAUUUAAAACUGUUAUGGCUGGUUAGAACUGAACUAGACAAUUCAUACAUUAACUAGAAUUUGUGUCAACGUUUUAUUUUAAAUAUUUUUGCAUCAAUUGUACAAUGUUGGUUCAUAGUAUUUAUUCAUGUCGGUACUGAAAAUUUGUUUGUAGUUUAAACAUCUUUAGAUGCAGAUACAGUUUUGUUUUCGGUUUGCUGUGCACAAAUUUUUUUUUUAUGUGUUGUAAGUUUACUUCAACAAGUGACCAAAUUAAAUUUCUGUCAUAAAAAAAAUCAAACUAACAAACUUAGUGCUAAUCAAAAUACAAAAAAUUAAAUAAAUUUUGAUUUAUAAAUAUAUAUAAACAUUUAUGUACAUUAUGUAUAUGUAAUAAAAGAUAAGUUAUUAUAUUUUAGUGCAAGAAUAAGUUAAUUUUCUUUUACAACUGGCUGACUGAAAAGUUCGAUAGCAAUAGCCUACAGUUGUAAAUUUUUUCAGUUAAAUUAUGUUUUAUAUAAAUAAUUAUUAUUAAUAUUUGCUGUUGGUCUAUUUGACAACCUGUAUAAGGCUGGCUAAAUAUUACUAGUAAUUAAUAUUUUUAUAAAAAAAUGUGUUUAAUAAUGUUUUGGUAAAAUAUAUUCUCAGAUUAUUCAGUUGUAGUUACAAUUACUGUUACAUUUAUGUAGUUAAUAAGAUUUUCUAUCUCUUUCUUAGCAGUUGGUUAGGUUUAAUGGUAAAAUCCAAAUAUUAAUCCUUUUAAACUUGUUUUAGUUUUUCUGACAAAUCUACAAAUUCCAUGAAACUUUAAUGAUAGUGUGCUAAGAGCAAUAUGGUGCAAUAAAAAAGCUUGUGUUUCAUGUUUUAAAUUGGGACAACAAAUAUUAGCACAAUCUAGUUACUGUAUGCUUAAGUAAAUUUUUCAUUAGAGGAUCAUUGAAUAGAUCAUUUAAAAACUAUUAGUGUUCUCACUAAGCGUUUUUUGAAGGACCACCUGCCCUACUUGUCCUUAGGUACCAAUAAAUUAGUUCUCUUUGCCCUUUUUGUAAAAGUAAGCUAAACUGUCAUUCCUUUAAAGCACUGCCUUUUUAUUUAGAUUCCAUUUUGGAAAAAAAAUUAACUGUUUCUAAAUAGUAACUAUGCACUGUUAAAUUAUCUAUGUAUAUAAGUUUAAUUCGCAUUACUAUUACAAAUAUUUACUUUCUUAGGAUUAUUCUCAACUGAUUAAAUUCUUAUAAGUAUCUUUUUUCGGAGGAGAGAAUAUUAAUAAAUUUUUUAAGUGAUUUUUAAAACUAUUUUUUUACAUAAAUACUUUUUUCUUAAAUGCUUUU